UAGGAGAGUUCCAUUGCUAGCAAAGGAAACACUUAUGAGAAUAAUAUCUCUCACCUGUUUCAGCUACCCACCAACACCAUCAUAUAAAGCUCCAAUAACUCAUGUAAUUCAAAUGUAUAAGUAACUGUUGUGUCUCCUUUCUAUAGCCAACAAACUUCCUUGGAACUUGGCAUUCACCAUAUCAGUCAUCAGUGAUCAGUGAAGUAGAUAAGGAUGGCAAGUCACUCACAAUCCUUUGUCCAGAUUCCAGCAGUAAAGUUUACCAAGCUUUUCAUCAAUGGAGAAUUUAUAGAUUCUAUUUCAGGGAAAACGUUUGAGACUGUUGAUCCAAGAACAGAGGAAGUGAUUGUUGAAAUAGCAGAAGCUACCAAAGAAGACGUUGAUAUUGCUGUGAAGGCUGCACGUGAAGCAUUUGAUUUUGGUCCAUGGCCACGUAUGCCCGGUGCUGAAAGAGCAAAGAUUAUGCUGAAAUGGGCGCAACUAAUUGAACAGAACGUAGAAGAAAUAGCAGCAUUGGACACCAUUGAUGGAGGGAAGCUUUUCAGUUGGUGUAAGGCUGUGGAUGUUCCUGAAGCCUGCAACAUCCUACGUUACUAUGCUGGCGCUGCUGAUAAAAUUCAUGGAAAUGUGUUCAAAACAUCUCGUGACCUCCACUUGUAUUCUCUUAUGGAACCUGUUGGUGUUGUUGGUCACAUUAUCCCUUGGAAUUUCCCUACUGUCAUGUUCUUCGCCAAGGUCGCCCCGGCCUUGGCUGCUGGUUGCUCCAUGGUCAUCAAGCCUGCUGAGCAAACACCUCUCUCAUCACUCUUCUAUGCUCAUCUUGCUAAGUUGGCUGGUAUCCCAGAUGGAGUGCUCAAUGUAGUACCUGGAUUUGGCUCAACUGCAGGGGCUGCAAUAAGCUCACAUAUGGACAUUGAUGCGGUCAGUUUUACAGGUUCAACAGAAACAGGUCGUAAAAUAAUGCAGGCUGCGGCCUUGAGCAAUUUGAAACCUGUUUCUCUUGAAUUAGGAGGAAAGUCACCAGUGUUGAUUUUUGAUGACGCUGAUAUAGACAAAGCUGUUGAUCUUGCUCUCUUUGGCAUCCUACACAACAAGGGAGAAAUCUGUGUUGCAUUCUCCAGAGUUUUUGUCCAGGAAGGGAUAUAUGAUGAAUUUGAGAAAAGGGUUGUGGAGAAGGCUAAAACUUGGGUAGUAGGAGACCCUUUUGAUCCAAAAGUUCAACAGGGACCCCAAACUAGUAAGGCACAAUUUGAUAAAAUUCUUUCCUAUAUUGAUCAUGGAAAGAGUGAAGGAGCCACUCUAUUGACUGGGGGUAAACCAGUGGGCAAAAAGGGAUACUACAUUGAGCCAACCAUUUUUACCAAUGUUAAGGAGGAGAUGCUAAUUGCACAGGAGGAAAUAUUUGGACCUGUGAUGACACUUUCUAAGUUCAAAACCAUUGAGGAUGCAAUUCAGAAAGGCAACAGCUCCAAAUAUGGCCUAGCAGCAGGGAUUGUGACCAAGAACUUGGAUAUUGCCAACACUGUAUCAAGGUCCAUCCGUGCAGGCAUCAUUUGGAUCAACUGCUUCUUUGCAUUUGAUAUCGAUUGCCCUUUUGGAGGGUAUAAGAUGAGUGGAUUUGGAAGAGAUUAUGGACUGGAAGCACUUCAUAAGUAUCUUAAAGUUAAAUCUGUUGCAACUCCUAUCUACAAUUCUCCCUGGCUUUGAAAUUUGCAUCUCUGUGUGUUUGUAAACACUAAAAGCAUACAUCAGUUUAAUCAGCAACUUAAUGCUUUGCCUUUUCCUUUUAAGGUUGCAAAACAACGCAAGUUUUAGGCAUUAUUAUAACCUUCAAAGCUUGUGUGAUCCUCCACUUUGAAGAACAACAUUGGAAAUGCAAAAUGUUUGUUAGAUCAGGGUCAUAUAAAAAGCUGCUCACAUUAAUGAGCAGAGCAGAGAAAAUAUUAAGUAAGCAAUGUAUAAAUUUUUAGUGUUUUAAGCAUUUUGGGGAAACAAACAACUCAAUUUCAAAUGAACAUGCGUUGUUUUACUAUC